CCGCCUGAUCCACCCAGCAAGUUAGUCUCAAGUAGUAGUGCUGCCCGUUGCUUCCCGACUCUUGCCCUCGUUCUCGUGAAAGUGCUGAAGGCGUGCUUGUGCUUGGUGUCGCAGGAAGUGGCGGUGCCGAUCGGCGACUCGGGCGGGCCGCUGCAGGUCCGCGGCCGCGACGGGCGCUACUUCCUGGCCGGCAUCAUCAGCUGGGGCAUCGGCUGCGCGGAAGCCAACCUGCCCGGCGUGUGCACGCGCAUCUCCAAGUUCGUGCCCUGGAUCCUGGAGAACGUGCAGACGUGA